GGCAGAGCUCGAGCAGCUGUGAUGUUCGUUACGGGAAGGCAGCUAACUGGUUUGGGCAACAGGCUACAAUAUCCGCUGUUGCCCGGCUCUAGGACUGCUAAGCCGAACCUCAGAUUCAUGUUGAAUAGUAUCAGACUGGAUACCCUAAUUCAAUCAGAAACACCAAUUGAAAACUUCACAGAAUUGUAUCUCAUUUCGUUCAAAGCAGAUCCAGCCUCCAAGUUACUACACCGAGAACUCAUCUUCAUACGAAUUCAGCACCAUGGCCGUCGACACGAUCAACACAUCGCUGUCAGCGAAUGACUCCCGCAUAUUGAACGCGCUCUUCGAUCCAGAAACACUUCCAUCAUCUGUCGCAAAGUCAAAAGAUGCAUCCGCCAUAGACACAACGUUACCUCCGCACCCCGCCAUUUCUUCAUCACAGCUCUCUAUUCUCGAGACACAACAGAACGACAUCAUCCGCCGCACAUCGAGCGAAUCCAGCCCAGAGUUACUCGAUGCUGGGAUUCAAGAGUUCGAAAACAUCAUCGCCACAAAUCCUACGUACCCAAGCGCCUUCGUUAAUCGCGCACAACUGCGGAGGAUACGCAUCGAAGCCGCACUUCCAAAAGAAGCACAUAUCUUCUCAGCUCCAGAAUCGGACAUAGAGAACCUCUUUACAGAUCUAUCCCGCGCAGUCCACCUGUCCCUUCCCACAUCAUCCCCGACAGCCCCAGUCUCCGCAUACCAGGCGCGCAUCUUACGAACCGCGUUUUCGCACCGCGCUUUUCUGUACUUGAAAGCUAGCGAAACCUGUACAGAGCUGGGGGGGCUAGGCAAGAGCGAGCUGGAGGAAUUGGCGUCGAAAGAUUUUGCUGCUGCGGCGCGGUACGGCGACGAGGCAGCGAGGGAGAUGAGUGUUAGGACGAAUCCGUACGCAAAGAUGUGCGGUGCUAUUGUCAAGAAUGCUCUGAGGGAGGAGAGGAAGGGGAGUGGGAUGACGUAGACCGAGAUGAGAAUCAGGCUCGCGGUAUGGUGCUGCUUAGAGAUAAAGUGCCCCGCAUCGAGCCGCUACUACCACACGCAAACGUUUUGUGGACUUCGUA